AUGGAAGGUCAUGCCGCUUACUUCAGGUUGCCGAGAGGGUGCCCGGGGAUCUCUCACAGUCUUUUUGCUGAUGACACCAUCAUCUUCUCCAGGGGUCUCAAGGGCUCUCUUAAGCAGAUCAUGGGGUUUCUCUCUAGGUAUGAAGGUUUCUCUGGACAGCUGGUCAACAAACAGAAGAGCUGUUUUGUGGUUGGGCACAAGGCUACGCUUGCCGAUGCUAGGAUGGUGGGGGCAGUUACAGGCUUUUCUCAGAAGGCACUCCCUAUUACUUAUUUAGGAGCCCCGCUUCACUGUGGUAGGCUCAUGGUUUGCUUCUUUGAUGUUCUUAUUGAUAAAAUCAAUAGUAAGGUGGCAGGUUGGAAGGGCUGUAUGGCAUCUUUGCUGACUUUCUCUGGGGAACCUUGGAAUGGGGGAAACGAAGGCACUGGGUCAGCUGGCAGAAAUUUUUUCAAGGCCAAGUUCUUCAAGGGCCUCCAUGUGGUGCUGGUUGACCCUCAUGGGGUGACUUCUAGGUCUUGGAUGAAUGCGCUGGCAUUUAGGGGAAUGAUCUUGGAGAGAUCUCGGUGGCUGGAUAACUGGUCUGAGGCGGGUCGUUUGAUUGAUGCAGUGGACAAUGCCCUUCUGGUGGAUGUUGAUCUGCGAGUGAAAGAUGCUGUUGAGGGGGAUGGCUCUUGGAGACAAGACAUCUUGGAUCACAUUGAUGAUGAGGCCAUCCGGCAGGCUAUCGUCCAAGGUAAUGUUCACAUCUCAGACAGGCUAGAUGUUCUAGUGUGGGCACCGGCUAGUGAUGGUCGCUUUUCAACCAAAUCGGUCUGGAAUGAGAUCAGGAUGGUGGGGUCAGUUGCUGCCUAUGCAAAGUGGAUAUGGAACCCCUCGCUCCCAACCAAGGUGGCUUUCUUCUCUUGGCAGUUGUUGAACGGCAAGAUACCUACGGAAGUUACCUUAAUGUCAGUUGGGAUUCCCUUGGCCUCUCGUUGUUACUACUAUGGCUCCCCCCAAAGGGAAACUAUUGAUCACUGCCUAAUAGGUGGUGUUAUAGCGGCUAAGGUGUGGAGGUUCUUCUCUCGCCUUUUUGACUUGGUGCCUCACCCAGGGCAGGAUGUUAGGGGUCGGCUAGCGCUAUUGCAUGGGUUGGCGAGCUACAGGUGCAUCAGUGAUUACAUUGUGGGGCUCUUGCCGGCUUUGAUUGUGUGGGAGCUAUGGAAAGAAAGAAACAACAGGAGGUAUGGGGAAACUAGGCGUACUGUUUCCACUAUCAUUGAUCGUGUUAGAAGGUGGGUGAAAGAGCUCCCAAUCCCCUCACAAGUGGGCAAACGUGGAUCUGCAAGGGAUGGGCUGAUUCAGCAGUGGUUCGAGUUAGUGGUUCCGCCGGCCAAGGCCUCUCGGCCUAUCCCUGUUUUUGAGCUGAGGGCUCUGAGGGAUGGCCUCCGCUUAUGCCACGAUCGGGGAUACGUAGAUGUGCUUGUUCACUCGGACUCAGAGACCACUGUUACACAGAUAAACCAUAAGAAGUGUAACCUGUGGCAAGGGUGGUACUGGUUUGAUGAGAUCCUCCAGCUGAUGGCAGCGACUAGGGCGACGGUGACAUUUGCUUUCAGGGAGAGCAACAGGGCCGCUGACUGGUUGUUCAACCUCCUACAAAUUCGGUUACGAGCUUUAGUUUCAGUCCCGAGGGUUGAAACAGCUGCGUCUGAAAGGAAACAUUUAUUGCUUGUGAAAAUUUCAGAGCUUGAAGCCAGGAUGAUUGAUCUAACUGAUCAGGUAGCUGAGGCAAGGUUGAAACAUCUGCAGCUAGAAGCAUCGACGAACCAGGAAUUUAAUCAGCAAAUUCCUAUGUUUAAUCAUCCUUUGUCCUGUUAUACACAUUGA